ACGGGCUGUGAGCUGUUGAGGAGCCGAGAAGCCAAAUGAUGAUUACCCCCCUCUUUCUGGAGGAAGGGGACACGUCACAUGCAAUCACAAGGCGCACUAGCUAUAGCAGCAGCAGCAGCAGCAGCGAUGGCAGCAGCAGUAGUGUUGCUUUUAGCAUUAGUCAUGGUAGUAGCAAUAGCGCUAGCAGCAGCAGCAGCAGGUGUAGUGUUGGUCUUAGCCUUAGUCAUAGAAGGAGCAAUAGCCCUACCAGCAGCAGCAGCAACUAUGGGGCUGCUGCUGUGGUAGCAGCAAGAGCAGAAGAAGAACACAGGAAUAAGAAUGAGAAUGAGAAUAAGAAUAAGAAUAGGAAGACGCAGAGGAGGUGGUGGAGAAGGAGGAAAGGAGAAGAAGAAGAGGAAGAAGAAAAAGAGGAGGUGGAGGAGGAGGAGGAGGAGGAGGAGGAGGAGGAGGAGGAAGCGCUAGUAGCAGCGGCAGCAACAGCAGCAUCACUAUCAGUAGCAGGCAAUCUACUCUUUUCCUCCUUACCUGUUUGGUUCAGACUCCAGAGUCAUCUCGGAGGGAAGACGAUUUUCGCAGGUCCGCUGGGAGUGGAAGAACCCAUCUUGUUGUUGUUACAUGCCAGAGGCAAUCUCUGGUGGGUGGCAUAUGGUGUUACGAUGCCCCCACUCUCUGUGCUCGAUAGCGAAUUGUUGACGCCUAGAGUGUUGGAACUGCUUAGGAAAAUAGGGGUGUUUUCGGUGGAAGACAUCGUCUUGUUGGACGUUGACGAACUUUCUAAAAAAGCAGGGUGGAGUACCUCAGACUGCCAUUCUGUGAAAUGGGCAGUGGCAUCGAUCCUGAAUGAUGUCGAGUCAAGCUGCCUAGCACAGUGGAUGAACGGCUGGGUUCUUUGCCAAUCGUUGAAGCAGCAGCAGCAGCAGCAGCAUGAUGGACCGGCUUUUCUGCCCACUGGGUGCACAAGCCUAGACGACCUUCUUCAUGGUGGCCUGUGCAACGGAGCCAUCACGGAGCUCGUGGGACCCUCACCUUGUGGGAAAACUCAGAUAUGUCUGCAAGCCGCCUCGGUUGCAUCUUAUUUUUGUCGUUGGGGUGUUGUUUAUGUCGAUACGUCUAAUUCGUUUUCUGCAGUUCGCAUUGCCCAGAUGCUUGUGGGACUCUGCGGAAGUCAGCAAAAAGCGCAGUCGUCCAGUGCUGAUCUGACGAAGGCCCUCUCAGCCAUCGUCAGGUUCCGAGUGUACGACAUCCACAAGUUGUUGGCGCUUCUCGACAGCCUUGAUGAACGCCUGCAGACCGUCCGGGCUGGCGAAUGCCGCGGCUCAUCCUCUGCUCAAGAGGACGUUUCGGGCCUAUCGGACGAGGAUGUAUAUGGUCGUCUGCGGCUGCUCGUUAUAGACUCGGUGUCAGCACUUGUAUCGCCUGUUCUAGGGGGUAGCCAAUCUCAAGGCCACACUUUGAUGGUUGCUCUUAGCCGGCGCUUGAAGCAAUUGGCUGCAACGCAUGGAAUUGUAGUUCUCGUAACUAACUACAUGGUCUCUGCCGCCGGUGAAGGAAACUCGGUGAAGCCUGGACUAGGAGAGAGUUGGCGCUCAGUUCCCGAUGCUAGAAUCCAGCUCAGCAGCUCCUCUGAAUCAGACGUGUUCGUCGCGAAACUGGUCAAGCAUACGAGCAUGGAAUGCGGCUGCGAAACAUCCUUCCGCAUAAGACGACAAGGAGUUACGAAUGUGUCUGGGCCGGCGUCUGGAUCGUCACAUUUUGCAGGGUUAGAGGACGACCCAAUCUUCUCUAGUAUGGGGGGGCUUGAACUGGAUGUGGGGACCACAUGCUCAUUGCUAUAUGGACCUGACUUUGGUAGCGAGGUAGAUCUUAGAUUAAUGGAAGUCGAUGAAAGUUUGUUGAAGGAGGUGGUGUUAGGUGGAGUAUGCUUGAAAGGGUGUGGGGACGAUGAGGCUGUGUUGUGCACUUCGGAAAAGACGUUCGCAGUGAAAUAUGUCGGCACGUCAAACACAGUUCUGCUUAUUCCCCCACCUGGAUACUGUCAGGUGGCCAAAUCAGUGAAUGCUGAUGGGGGGGGGGAGGGGGGAAGCACUGAUCGUGAAGCUAUGCGAACAGAGUCGAUAAAUGACAUGGGUAAUGGUGAAGGGGCUGACACAACGGAGCAGCAAAUUUCGAUUGGCAAGAACGACAGGAAGAAGAUUGAAGUGCUGGCAACAGCGUCAGGACACUUGGAGAUAUCGCCAGUCCCGCCGCGGUUGGAGAGGUUGAAAGAGCUCUUGGGUGAGUGCGUGCUAGAUCAGAAUGCGCUGUACGAAGAGGAAAAGCAGGAGGAAGGCAAGGAUGCAGGUGUAGAUGGGCGCGAUGUCAUGAAUGAUCAUCGUGGAGGUGAAAUCGGCAGAAGUAUGCGUCAUCGUCCGUCACAUCGAAAGAGGGGUUACACUCUCGACGAACUCUUGGAGAUGGUGCAAGCAAGCGAGAAAGAGGUACGUGACGCUCUGAGGGUUCUGCGAGCACUGGAAGUGAACGGGCGGUGGAGAUUGGUGGAUGAGAAAUUCCUUGCAGGGGUUCUCGACAUCUUGUUGUUAACGAUAAUUGAGAAGGAUUGGGACAUGCGGUCACUCAGAGAGUCGGUAGUUGUUGAGGGCCUGAAGCACGACGGAUGCGCCUCGUAUAUCGUACGGCACUGCCUCAGCGUGUACGGAUCGAGGGUGACGAAAGACCUUAGGCAACGCGAGAGCGAUGGUGAGAGAUCGAAGGAGGGUGCUGCGGAAAAGGGUGGCGAGGCAAUGGACAUUGACGUCGGUAGAAGAAGUGUUUUUGAGACGGAGAAGAAUGGAGAGGGGGUAGGGAGCGGAGAGGGCGGCGGUGAUGUCGAGGAUGACGAUCUGUGGUGCCUCGAUGGAGGGAAGCUCUGCGUGCACAGAGCUCGCCAACUCUUGGCAGGUGUCGCCAAGUGGCGACUUGACGACUUCAUGGAGUCGUGGGAGCAGAAUGUGCCUCAAGGAGAGAGUAUGACUGUAAAGCCGAAUGUGGAGAUGUUGAAGGGGGAAGUGUUGGUGGAGAGUGUGGGCGGGGAGACAGGACCGGCGCCGCCACCCUUUGACAUUGCACGUCUGCAACAUGACAUUGAAGAGGCUCUGCGACGACGAGCCCAGGCUGACGAGGAGCUGCAAUUACUGCAGGCAAUGGUUGCUGCUGCAAGUAUGGACCUCCCUGCUGCCAUGCCAACUGGAAGCCCCUUGCCUUCCAACAGAGUCACGCCGACACCCUUGCCUUUCCCGAGAAGUCAGCGCACAACACCGCCUCCUCCUCAUCUACCCCUUGUCUCCACAUCGCCGCCCACUGUCUGUGCAACGUCAUCUCCAGAGCAUGUUUCCUAUGACACAUUUCAGGAGCACACCGGGCGAGUGCGCCGAGCUACACGCUCUAGGCUGAUCACUGGGGCAGAUGUGCCUGACGACUUGCACACCUCGGGCUCCUGUGGGCCGCAAACCCCACCCUCGAGCCGGUUCACAAGUCCACGAAUAUCGAUGCAGGGUGCAAGCAAGGAAUGCACCCUACCUUCAAAUGGUGCAGCAGCGUCAUCGUCAUCAUCUGAUGACUAUGGAGAUGACGAUGACGCGGAUAGCCUGCUAGGUGGCGAGAUUGUGUGUUCCACAGCACAAACUGCAGCCCCAGAGGCAUUGAAACCUGGCAUGAUUUUUGACAGUAUUGCACACAUUAAGCUUGCAGUGGCGGCUUCAGCCGUUGAAGAACAUUUCGAAAUCUCCGUCUACAAAUCGGAUCCCACACGUUACACCGUGAAGUGCCGUGACCCAAAAUGUUCGUGGCGAUUGCAUGCUUCGAUUGUGAACGGGGGCCCGUCAGCUUCUAUAAAGACUGUGACAAAGCACACCUGCGGCGGAACAUCAAGAAUGGGCAACCGUCAUGCAAGCGCCACGUGGAUCGCCAAUAAGAUAAUAUCGAAGCUGCGAGAAAGACCGCAGUAUCGGGCAUGCGAUAUAAUGAACGAUAUACAGAAGGAGUCAGGGAUUGCAAUCUCUUACAAAACCGCAUGGCGAGGGAGAGACGAGGCAUUGCAGAGGAUCAUGGGCACAGUCCCGGACGGUUACUAUCGGCUACGGAAAUAUUGUGAAUUGGUAAAACGGCACAUCCCUGGAAGCGUUGCCUCUGUCAGUGUGCUGCCAGACAAUCGGAUGUUUGAUCGCCUUUUCCUUGCUUUCCAGCCCUGUCUUGCAGGUUUCAAGUACUGCCGACCACUGGUAGGUCUGCAUCAAAGUCUUCUCAGAGGGAAGAUCCCAGGCGUCCUCUUGUCGGCGACUGCAGUGGAUGCGCAAGGGGUGCUUUUUCCUUUAGCUUUUGGUGUCGUUGACGGCGAGAAGGACGACACCUGGAAAUGGUUUGUCAGCAAUCUUCAUUCAGCUGUGGAUGCGACAUGUGGACCCUGGCGGCCGACAACAUUCCUUUCUGAUCGUCAGAAGCCUCUGUUCGAUGCUGUUCAAGAGGUUUUCGGCGAAUCACACCAUGGGUACUGCUUGCAAUACCUCGCCGAGAGCAUGUCCCAGCGAUUCAAACACCCUGACCUUACGAGACUCCUAUGGGAGGUUGCGGAAGCACCAACGCCUGCCCUUUACCACCAGGCGCUGGAUAAAAUGCGAGCUGUUGAUGGUAGUGCAGUGCGGUGGUUGUUGGCCACCACUCAUCCCGGACAAUGGGCGAACGCUUUCUUCCCGGGUGUGCGCUAUGGGCACUUGACAUCCAACAUUCCGGAGGCAGCUAACAAACGGUACACCGCCGCUCGUGAACUGCCACCGAUUCCGAUGAUGCAGGAACUGAGGCGGGUGGUGUGCCACUGGUUCGUGAAGAGGCGUGCGAAGGGCGAGAAUAUGACAGGGCUACUGGUGCCAAAGGUUUUGAAAAUGCUGGAAGAUAUCAAGGCAAACGCCAAGCUGUGCAAGCCCAUACCAUCGUCCACAAUGCACUUUGAGAUUCAGAGCAGGGACGAGUUCAGGCAAGUCGACUUGGAAGCGCGCACCUGCAGUUGCAACCUCUGGCAGCUAGCGGGGAUCCCAUGCAAGCACGCCGCUUGUGCAAUGCUCUCUACCUGCAACAACCCUGAGGACAGAUGUGAAAAGUAUUUCACAGUUGAGUACUACAAAUUGACAUAUGCAGGCAUUCUGAAGGGCAUUCCAGCAAUGGAUGAAUGGAGUGACUACGAUUCAGACGAUCUCAUCGACCCGCCUGCAGGGAGAAGACCCAAGGGUCGGCCUCGGGAGCAGCGAGUAAGGCCUAAGCAGGACCCACAAGGAAAGACUGUACGCUGUGGCAACUGCAAGCAGUCCGGCCACUCUCGACGCACAUGCCGCCAACUACCGUCAGAAUCUGAAAGCGCCACAAAGACCACUGACACCCCGGUCGCCGGCGAUCCAGCUCCCGUUGCAGAGCCAGGACGUUGAACUACUGCACAGCUGACAAACCACUGCAACUGUUCUGUUGAAGUGUACGUGUCC